AAUUUGUUCACUUUCUUCUUUGAUCUCUCUGAAAAAACUUAAAGCUUCUCUUCUUCUUCUUCUUCUCACCAUGUCUGGUUAUCCUCCAUCGAGCCAAGGUUACGGUUACGGCGGUAAUCCACCACCGCCUCAGCCACCGUACGGAUCAUCCGGCAACAAUCAUCCUCCCUACGGAUCAUCCGGCAACAAUCCUCCUCCCUACGGAUCAUCAGCCUCCUCACCGUACGCUGUUCCGUACGGAGCUCAGCCCGCGCCUUACGGUGCACCACCGUCAGCACCGUACGCGUCUCCUCCAGGAGACCAUACUAAGCCGCACAAAGAAAAACCUCACGGCGGCGCUUACGGAUCUCCAUCUCCCGGUGGUUACGGUGGUUACGGAGGAGCGCCGCAGUCAGGAGGACAUGGAGGAGGUUACGGAGCUCCUCCUCCUCAGCAAGCUUCUUAUGGAAGUCCGUUUGCGUCUCUGGUUCCGUCGGCGUUUCCUCCCGGAACAGAUCCGAGCAUCGUGGCUUGUUUCCAAGCUGCGGAUCGGGACAAUAGUGGAUUCAUCGAUGAUAAGGAGCUUCAGGGAGCUCUCUCUUCCUAUAAUCAGAGCUUCAGCAUAAGAACUGUUCAUCUUCUUAUGUAUCUCUUCACCAACAGCAAUGUCAGGAAGAUUGGACCAAAAGAGUUUACUUCUCUUUUCUUUAGUCUUCAGAAUUGGAGGUCUAUCUUUGAGAGGUUUGAUAAGGACAGAAGUGGUAGAAUAGAUACAAACGAGCUGAGAGAUGCACUCAUGAGCCUUGGGUUUUCAGUGUCUCCUGUGAUUUUGGAUCUGCUCGUUUCCAAGUUUGACAAAAGCGGUGGCAGGAACAGGGCUAUCGAAUAUGACAAUUUCAUCGAGUGUUGUUUGACUGUAAAGGGGCUGACCGAGAAGUUCAAGGAGAAGGAUACGGUGUUAUCAGGCUCAGCUACUUUCAAUUACGAGAACUUCAUGCUCACUGUUUUACCAUUCCUCGUCGCUUAAGUGAUUGUUUUCUUUUUUUUUUUUUUGUGGACCAAAAAGUGAUUGUUUUCUAACUCUCUUUUCUUUGUGAGCUUUUGGAUUUUUUAUUUGUUGUCUUUUUUUAUCUUUCUCGUCCUUGCCUCUGUAAGAUUCAGACGUGGCUCUUCUCUUCAUAUGAGCAAAACCUUAGUAACCAAGUCUUGUGGAAUAAGUUUGAAUGGACUAG